CCGUCGGUUGUAUGAACGUCCUUUUUAAUGGUGGAAAUCUGACGAUAAGACGAGAUGUCAACACAAAACUUACCGAUGCAGUCUGUUCAGACUUUUGGGCGCAAGAAAACGUCUACAGCAGUUGCCCACUGCAAACGAGGAAAGGGAUUGGUAAAGGUGAAUGGCCGCCCACUGGAAUAUAUUGAGCCGAUCACUCUUCGAUACAAGCUUCAAGAGCCAAUCCUUCUCCUGGGCAAGGAGCGGUUCUCUGAGGUUGACAUUAGAAUACGUGUGAAAGGAGGUGGACACGUUGCACAGAUAUAUGCUGUGCGACAGGCCUUGUCCAAGGCUCUGGUCGCCUACUACCAGAAAUACGUGGAUGAAGCAUCAAAGAAGGAGAUCAAGGAUAUUCUCAUCCAGUACGACAAGUCACUGCUGGUAGCAGAUCCUCGUCGUAGCGAACCCAAGAAGUUUGGUGGCCCCGGACCACGCGCUCGCUACCAGAAGUCUUACCGUUAAUCAUAAGCUCUUUAUAUGUAUGCUGAAAAUGUGUAAAAAUUAAAGACGUGCGGCACAGAACAUG